AUGGAACAAAAACGUGUCAUUAAUUUUGGAGCUGGCCCAGCAAAAUUACCCAUAGAGGUUCUUGAAGAUAUUCAGAAAGAAAUGCUUUCUUAUGGGCAAACCGGUAUGAGUAUAACCGAAAUAAGCCAUAGGAGUGACCAAUAUGCCCAAAUAAAUGCAAAUGCACAAAAAACAUUACGUAACUUACUGACCAUUCCGGCGAAUUAUAAAAUCUUGUUCGUGGCAGGUGGGGGCCAAGGAGCCUUCUCUGCUAUUCCCAUGAACCUCAUUGGGAGAACAGGCAGCGCAGAUUACUUAGUAACUGGAACUUGGUCUAAAGUAGCAGCGGAGGAAGCUAAAAAAUAUGGCAAGAUCAAUAUUGCGGCGAAAGAAGGCCAAAUUUCCGAUCCGAGGGUUUGGAACUUAGAUCCCAACGCAGCGUAUGUCUUCUAUUGUGACAAUGAUACCAUAGACGGCGUUGAAUUCCCUGACAUACCAAAUACAGGAACUAUCCCUCUAGUAGCUGACAUGUCUUCCAAUAUUUUAACAAAAGAAAUUGAUGUAUCAAAGUUUGGUAUCAUUUUUGCAGCCUCUCAGAAAAAUUUAGGUACAGCUGGAGUUGCUCUAUUAAUAAUUCGUGAAGAUCUCUUAGGUUAUGCUGCAUCCUACUGCCCUGGAAUAUUAAAUUUUAAGACAUUGAAUGAAUACAACUCUAUUUUAAAUACACCUCCAAUUUUUUCGAUAUACGUUAUGGACAAAAUUUUCCAAUGGAAUAAACGUAACGGAGGACUUCCCACCAUGGAAUCGUCGUGUAAGAUAAAAUCCCAAUUACUCUACGACACAAUCGACCAAUCUAACAAUUUUUACCAUUCUCCUGCCGAGAAGAAUGUCCGCAGCAGGAUCAAUAUAACAUUUCGUAUUAAUGAUGGCGAUGAAAAAAUUGAAAAAGAAUUUCUGAGUGAAGCUGCUAAUAAAAACAUGUUGCAGUUAAAGGGACACUCGUUAGUGGGGGGUAUUAGAGCUUCUUUAUUUAAUUCUGUAACUGUAGAAGAAGUUAAGAAGUUGGUUGUGUUUAUGAAUGAGUUUAGAAGAAAACAUGAAAAUAAACGUUAA